GGUUUAACGGAGGUUUUGUGUUUAUAGAUGUUAUUUGGAAAUUUAUGGAAAGUAUUAACAUCUUUUCUUGUGUUAUAUGUGACUAGAUUAAUUAAUUUACUUAUAAUGCGAGAAAUGACAGAAAAGAAUCUAAAUAAGAUUAAAACUGAAGAAGAUAAUACAGAUACAAAAGUAUAUGUUAGUAAAGAUAUUAAAAGGAUGAUCGAUACAGAAAAUAAAAGCAGAUUUAAAAGUGAACAGCUCGAUGAUGUUUAUUCAAUUAAUGGUGAGAUCUUUAAAAUUAAACAUCAAGAAACGAAAAAGUAUCAAGAAGUCAAUAUAUACGUCGAAAAAUUGGUACCACACUGUUUCGAGAUGGCUGAAACAGAUGAGUACUGUGUGUCUGCCGAUGAGGAAUCUGAGGAUAUGUCUACGAGUGAUGACGGACUAUUAAGUAUAACAUUACAGAAGGUACCACAUGGAGUUAUAAUUAAUUCAGUUGUAUAUCUGACUGACUAUCAAUGGAAUACCUUGGUCUUCCACGACGUGAACGAUACACGCUGCUUCGUUUGUGAUGAUUCUAUCAGUCUUGACGUAUGCAACGUGCAUAUUACAAGUGACUUACAUCAGGAGCGACUGAAUUCGUGUCAACCAUUGGAGAAAUUUGAUAUAAGCGUUAUAAGACAGAUGACAGAUAAAUAUCAUUGCGCAGUUUGCAAUGAAGUAUUUGACUAUGAAUUUAUACAUGACCACCUUGAAAGUAAGACUCACGAAGAUAACAGAUUGUUCGCUAUAAACAAAGUUAUUGAUACACUAGAAAGCUUGGAUAUAGAAAAUAAUAGAAACAUAAGUAAUGAUCGUUAUCAUUUCGAUGCAAACGCAUUAAAUAAUAAUCAUUAUGAAUAUGAUAAUGAGAAUUGUAAAAGCAUUAGUGUUAGCGACGGUGAUACAAUUAACAGUAACAGUGAGUCAAUGAAAGAAUAUGAAGAUAAUAAUGACUAUGUUAAUGAAAACGAAAAUACUCGUAAUUAUCUAUCUAAAGAGAUGUCGUAUGCAUCGGUUGCAAAGAAGACCGAUUUCGUGAACAAAACCAAUGGACAUAAAUGGUUUAAAAUACCAUUAAAUACCUGGCACAUGAUUUUGGUGUUGAAGAGAAAUAUAUUUUACUGUAUGGUGUGCAAACUUAAAGGUUCUAUUAUAAUCAAAUCUAGUCAUUGUAUUGAUGUUGAUCAUAUAGAACGGUUAAACAGAUGCGAAAUAUUAAAAAAAUACAAAGAUUAUUUUAUCAGACAGGUUGACGAUAAACAAGUUCACUGUGAACAAUGUAAUAAUCUUCAAUAUAAUUACCUAAUUGAUGAACAUCUGGACAGUCAUUCAGGGUCAGAUAAAUACACCAAAGAAACUAGUAGUAGAAGCAAUAAUAGAAAAGGCGAUGAUGCAAUAAAUGCAAGAAAUACAAAUAGUCCUGUACAAACAAGUAACAGAAUUACAACUAAUACAUAUAACAAUACCAACAGUGAUAAUAAUUUCAGUAAUACAAAUGAGAUAUACUCAAAUAUGUAUAUAAAUGUAUUAGGUCGAAACAUGAACAUCAGUUUAAUGUGUUUUAAUGUCAUAUUUGAGCAUCCAGACCAUUACUUUUGCGGAUUGUGCCAUUUUAAAGAGGAUAAAAGCAGAAUAAUGCUACAUAUCAAGACUGAAAAACAUAUAAACUUAAUUCAUACACACCUAUUCUUAUAUUGUUUUGGAAAUCACUUGGUGAGGAAUAUUAGAAACGCUUUCCACUGCGGUCUAUGUAAUAUGCCUAUGAGAGAGAACCCUGAAGUGGUAAAUAACCAUAUUUUAGAACCCAAUCAUAUUUCAAAAUUAUAUUUAGCAUUAGGAUACAAUGCACCCUUUCAAAUACUACCAACUAACAAUCAACCAGCACAGACAAAUGCAUGUGUACAAUUUCAAAAUCAAGACGUGAAUAAGAAAAUAGAUGAAUAUGCCAAUACAGGCACAAAUAGCAAUACAGAGAGGGUAAAUGAAAUUGCAUUGGGAGGAAGCGAACCGAAAUUUGCAGCAAACGAAAUUAAAUUGAACGUAGACGAACCGAAAUUGGGAGAAAACAAAAUUAAAUUAGUAGAUAACGAAAUUAAAUUGGUAGAAAACGAAAUUAAAUUGGGAGAAAAUAAAAUAAAAUCGAGUCAAAAGGAAAUUAAAUUAGAAGAAGAUGAAAUUAAAUUGGUAUCAAAUGAGAUACGAUUGGAUGAUCAAUUUGACGUGAAAAACGGUAGUGACGACUCCAUUGUAGCGCCUUUUGAUACCGAAGCGAAAUUGUUUGUACUAUUGGAUAAAUAUUAUAAAAUCACUCUGACAUCAUACAACUCUAUGGUUGCAACGGGCAGCGGUUCGAGAUAUUGCUUUAUUUGUAAUGUGGAGGUUGAGCCCGAUGAUUUUAAAAAACACAUAGCUCGACGUGAUCACGAGAAAAACAUGCAGAAAUAUAAAUUUCUGGAUAAAUAUAAGAAUAACUUAAUUCGACAGACCUACCUGGCCUACCACUGUGCUAUAUGCAAUGUUAUUAUAUACCAUUCUGAUUUAUCGGCACAUUUUGAAUGGGAUCCUCAUAAGCAACUUGUAAAACAAAAUAGCGCAAUCUCGAGAAAACAACGCAAAAACCAAAUUAAAGCUGGCCUCUCAGUACAUAAACUUGAAACACUUUCUGUGUUUCAAGUUUAUGUACUGAGAAAGGAAAGGAAAAUUGUUAAAGAAAAACAAAUCAAAACCCGUUUGACAGCUGUUAUCGUAGACAAUGUUGAGUUAAGAAGAAUAAAAUAUGCCGUUAAGUUGAAUAAAAUGGUCAUUGUGAAUGGUAAUAUUUUAGAAGUUAUGUGGGAGGCUUGGAAUGGUAUAGUAGCUGGGACGACUAGUCACAAAUGUAUAAUAUGUCAGGAUAUUGAAAUAGACGUAGAUACCCAUGUUGAAACGCAGACACAUGUGGAUAAUAUUAAUAAAAGUAUAAUAGAAAAGUAUAUUCCUAAUUUGAUUAGAGAGAUAAAUUAUGAAAUAUUGAACUGUGUUACUUGUAACAAUGAAAUGGUUAACAAAGAAGAAACAAUUGCAAAUCACUUAACCAGCAAGAGGCACGGAAAAAAAUAUAAGAAAUUAUUAGACAAGAGUUCAAAUGUGAACACCUACGAGAACUGUGAUAUUGAUGUUUUAAAUUUAGUAAGUUAGAAUUACUAAGUUACAAAAUGAGGUUCAUAUUUGACAAGUGUAUUUAGUUUUAAAAUAACUUCAUUAUUCGAUAUAUUUGACUUUGAAAUGUGUCAUCAUGAAAUUUAGAACGACCUAUCAAACCCUUGUCACACUUUGUUGUUGAGGGAUGUAUAACGUGUGACAUAAUAUUUAGGAUAGGACUAGUGUUGCCACCUUUUUUUGUGCAGUUAAAGCACAUUGGUUAUUAUAGGUAAGAAAAAAGUACAUAGUAACAAAAUAAAGUACAAUUUAUUUUUCUUUAUUAUUAUACUUAAAAUAAUAUUUUUUAUUGCUUUUUGCAGUUUGUAUCAAAUUAGUAUCUCUCAUAUUUUAUUAUAUCACUUUACUUUUAUUUAUUAUAUAUUUAAAUUAAAAUAAAUAAUGAAUAUGUCAUUUACUAACAGAUGGUCGUGGGUUCGAUUCCUGGCACGGUACAAAUUUGUAUUCAUGAGUAUGAUUGUUUGUAUCGGUCUGGGUGUUUUCUAUGUAUAAUAUGUAUUUAUUUUAAAAAAAAUGUAUCCAUAUAUUUAUAUCAGUUGUCUAGUACCCAUAACACAAGCUCUGCUUAGCUUGGGACUAGAUAGCGCUGUGCGAAUUGU